AUGUCGACCAGCAACUUGAGCAACGUCUCAUCAAGCGAAAAGGAUUUGGAUUGUGGAGCAUUAUAUGAGCCAUAUGUGUUUAAAAUAAGUUUGAUAGUUGUCUACAGUAUGGUCUUGUUGGUUGGCUUGACUGGAAACGCCCUUAUAAUCACCUUGGUGAACAAGCGGAAAGACUUAAGAAAGACUAUCAAUCAGCUUAUCGCCAACAUGGCAUUAUCUGACUUUGUCUUUCAGUUAACAUUCAUUCCAGUUGAGCUGGCAAAAGCAGCGUAUGGUCAAUGGCCGGUCGCUGAACCGGCCGGAUCAAUUGUCUGCAAGAUCCAGAGAUUUGUUAUUUAUGUCUCUAUCUAUGUUUCUGUACAAAGCCUAACUUGGAUUGCAUUGGACCGGUUUAUAGCGGUAGUCUUUCCAAUGAAAGUCCAUCUCAUUUCCUCCAGAUUUCGCGUUUUGGCCAUUGCUUCCUCGUGGAUCGUUGCCCUUUUGUGCGGCGCCGCAUCUUGUAUUUAUUCAGACGUCGUGCACAAAAAUGGUGCACUUGACUGCACAGAGGAAACAAAUCCAAUUUCUCAAUAUGUCGGAGCCGCCUGUUCCUUUGCUUCGUUGAUUUCCAUAACAAUUUUAUACUGUACUAUAGCGGUAACUCUACGAAGGAAAAAUAAAGCACUCCCCACUUCAGCUGUGAAUGGAAACAUUCAAAGAAAACGGCAAGCCAUAAAAAUGUCCAUUUGCGUCGUGGCAGCCUUUUAUUUAUGUUUUAUCCCUGUCAUUAUUAUUGUCUUGUUUUCAGAAAAAGUACUGGAAAGAUCAUGUUUGUUAUUCCGAGUACUAAGGUCAUUACCUGACCUGAUGAUCAACCUUUCAAGCACCGCAAAUCCAAUAAUCUGUUUCGUCUUUGUCGAAAACUACCGGCGUGGCCUGAGAGAAUUUUGUGGUUCGUUUCUUAUCAAAUGCUCGAAGAGAAGACAAAACAUUGACUAUGGUCCAAAAGGAGUAACUCUUCAGAGUAUAAGGGUCCUUCAAAACUCUAAUAGUAAUUAA